AUGAUAGUCCUUGAAGUGGAUUUAGGCGAAGAUUUUGACCUGUUUGCAGCCAAAUUAUGCGAUACUAAACGUAAUGUAUCUGAUUCAAAACGCAAGCAUCCUUGCAAAUAUUGUUGCAAAAGUUUCACAACUGUGGGAUUUUUAAAAAAUCAUGAGAAAACAACAUGCAAUUGGAAUCCAAGAGCAACUUGUCGACAAAUGAAAAAUUCACGUCCAUUUUCAUGCGAUCAAUGUGGCGCUUCUUAUGCAAAACAUUCGCAUUUAAUAUUUCACGUUAGACACGAUUGUGGUGGAAAUCCAACAACUGGUCAUGAUAUGGAAUUUAUUGAUCCCAUGUCAAUUGAUGUUCUCUCAUUUUUCACUAAAGGCAACACUGGCUCGUUAAAAAGUGACAUUAAGAAAUCGGAAAAGAUUACUAUUUCAUCAGAAUUUCAACAGUACGUGAGGCAAGAAAUGGGAAAAAUGUCUGCACAAUUAGAUGAAGUUCUUGCACAUCAAAGACAUCUUUCCGCUCAAUUGGAAAAGUCUGGUGUAAUUCAGUCAGAAACGUUGGACACUUUUAUGCAAGAAAAUGCUCUUAACUUACCAUUUAGAAGUCUAAGUGAAUUCGAACAGUUUGAUAUGAUUUUGACUGUAAAUCCCAGCGUCAGAGAAAAAUUCAUGGCAUCAUUGGUUGAUUUAUUUGAUGGGAAUUUUAUAGCCUCCAAAAGCUUACUGAAUAUUAUUAAAAAAUACAUGUCAAGAGAUGUUGCAUUGUCAUUUACUGCAAUGAAACCAAUUAAGGAUAAACUCGUUUUAAAAGUGACGACUUUUUGCAAAUGUGUAAUAAAUGUUCUACUAAAAAAUCAUUUUGAUAAAAUAAGUGGUGGUAAAGUAACCGAAGCUAAAUUAUAUUCAGCAUUGGGAAUAAUUCUCACAAAUGCUAAAGAUUGGGAGGGUUAUCGUUCACGUAGAUCAAGGGCUGCAGCGCAAGGGACGCAAAUAAUAUCCAUACGAGAGGAUGAGGAUUAUUAAUCCCAUUUGCAUAUGAAACACUAAAAAAAAGGGAAUCAAGAAUGAAAAAUUUUGUAAAAUUUUUUUUUUUUUUUAAAUAAAACCUUAUAUAGAUAAGAAAUUAACUGUGCGAGUUUACGUUUUUUAUACAAUAUUUCGAAGUAAGAAAAUCGAUUUUUAAUAAUAAAAAAAAAAAAAUUCGGGAAUUUUUCAUUUAUUGUGUUUUGUAGAAUUUUUUAAAUUUAACAAAAACUAUUUAAUGUUUUCUCACUUUUCUUAAAUAUACAUAAAGAAAAUUUAUUUUACAUUAAGAAACUUUUACUUUUUUUUUAAAUUUAUUUUAUACGUUCAAAUAUUUUAUUCAGCCAAGUAUAAGCAGAAUAACUUCGCGUCAGCUGUUCACAAAAAAGAUGCAUGAGUUAGAAAAGAAGAGAGAUAUAUUUGUUUACUUUUCUCUCUCGUGCAACUCAAUAGGCCUAAGCAGAAUAGCUUUCGCGAACGUGAAACAUGAGUUAGAAAAGGACAGAGGUAUAUAUGUAUCCUUUUCUAUAUCAUGCAUCUCGUUCACGAAUCACGAACGACUUUCGCGAAGCUAUCGUGCGUUGGCCUUUUCGUGAACAGUUAUCAAGGACUAUUGUGCGUAGGCCCCAAAACAGCUGACUGAAGUUGCGCGCGCAACUUUCUACUGCUUGUUCCAUCUGUCGAGAACGCUUCAGUCAGCUUGUGCCAUUACAAUAAUGUUGUUUGACGUACAAAAUAAAUUGUUAAAAAAACAUCGGAGUUUCUUAAUUUAUCAAAAAAAAUUUUCUGUUUGAACAUUAAAAGUGAAUAGUUAAAGAUUACUUUCGUCUUUGUGUUAUCGAAUUUGGAUUUGCUGCUUAAAAGAUAAGUGAAAUUAUUGAAAUUUAAAAAGUUGCACAAAACACUAUACAUACAAUUUUUUUUGUUAUUUCAUUCUAAUUUAAAAAAAAAACUAUUUACAUAAGAUUUUCAUAUUUUGACAUUCCAAAAAGUAGCAAAUAUUUUGCCAUUAUAUUUGGAGGAAACAUUUCUUAUUAUAGAAAAUUAAAAUAAAAUUAUUUUAAUCACACAUAAAAUUUAACAUUUUAUGUAUGUGUUUUUUUUUAAAUUUAGUGAGAAUUUAUAAUUUUCAUAAAAAUAAAAACUUAUUUUUCCCUUUGAAAGAUUCUCCACAAUUUGAUUUUGUUAAUUUUUGUUAAACCUAUUUAACAACAAAUUUUGGUUCAAAGUAAUUAUUUGCAUUUUUGAAAUCAAUUUUUUUACUUCGAAAUAAUGUAUUUAAAAUAGACGCACAACGUAUAUUUAUAUAUAUAUAUAAAUUUAACAAUGUGUAUAGUUGCACAUUCGCAACCCAGAACGCCUAAAAUUUACACUGAGUGGGUUAUUGAAAAAAAAAAAAUGCUAUUUGAGUGUAUGACAUGUAUGCAACUGUUUUUGAAUAUUAUUUCCAUACUAUAAUAUUGUAUACUUACUAUAAUGACGGUUGGAUAAAAAAAUAAAAUACAUUUUCCUAAUGUAAAAAAUUAACAAUAAAGUAAUUCAUUUUUA